UUGAAAAGCAUUGGAAGUUUAUUGGUAACCAGGGAGACUAAUCGUAAACAUCAACAUCGACUGUUGUAAGUAAACGGAAAAGGGCCCCUUUUCAACACGAGGCCGAUAACUAGGGCAAUGAAUGUAACUUUACGUAAACAGCUCGUGAUUUUUUCUUCCCCUGGUAACUUCAAUAUUUUAGGUUGAUUUUGGAAUUCUUAGGAAUGUGAUAUUUGAUCGGGUGAUGCGACUUUGGAUGGUGAUUUGGUUUCUUCAGAUUCUGCGCACAAAUAAAGCUCAAGAUAAUGCAUCAACAGAAAGCUGCAAUUCACCUUUGGGACUAUCAUCAGACUUGGCAGACAACCUUAUCACUUCGAAAGUUGAGAAAGAUUCUGCUCCUUCCGCUGGACGGUUGGGCAAUGCAGAGGGUGCAUGGUGCUUCACGAACGAUUCAAUAUCCUCCGGGACAGCUGUUUUGAUGAUUCAGUUUUCUAAGCAACAGUUUGUCAGUGGAUUUGCUUCUCAAGGGCCACCAGAAAAAAUACAGCCCAAAAGUUAUAAUCACCUAGUAGGUUUUUCAAUAGCAUAUAGUUUAGACUCUAACAAAUGGAACGAUCCUAACGAUGGUUCUUUAUUUUUCAACUCAGACAAGAAUGAAACAAGUGACGCAAUAACCUAUCACACAAACAAUUUAAUAGAGUUGGCACGAUACGUAAAAAUAAAUGUCACUAUGCUAGUAUCAGGAUCAACAAAUAUUUGCUUGCGUUUUGAAAUUUAUGGUUGUCAGACAGAUUUUCAACCUCAGUCUGCCGUACAAGCCAUUACGACACCAAAAGGAAAGAUUGAAGUGAUCUGGAAUCAGCCCUAUGCCACGACUACUUUGGAGCUUGAUUCUCCAGCAACAGGAGUUUUCAGACCAAACGGAUAUGUUGUACAGUACAGACCUUUCAACUCACAGACUUUCGCGUCAGCAGCAACGUCAGCUUUAUUUCUGUCGCUCGAAGAUGUCCGCCUCGGAGCUAAGUACUUCAUAAAACUUCAGUGCCUUAUUAGUGAUUUCACCUUAUCAUGCGGAGAGACUGAAAUAGAAGCUUAUCCGCCAUGCCCCGAAGAUUGGACUGGUGGUAACGAGUAUCACUGUUUCUUGUACCUGAAUGAUGUGUCAAACUUUCUGGAAGCGAGAAGUACAUGUUUGAAUAAUAACGUUGACGAUAAAUUGGGAAAAUUAGGUGCCUUUGUGGAUGAAGACGAAAAAAAGUUUUUAGCCGAACGAAUUCUUCCAAAAGAAGUAAAACGGAUUUGGUUCAUUAGAGAUAAAUGUCAAGAAAGUGAGGAUUGUUGUUAUAUUCUAAUGAAAGAAGGCGAAAACAUUAAGGAAAUUGAAUGUGCUGGAACAGAGCUCACUUCUGCUGUAUGCCUGAGAGAUCACAAAGGUGAAGGUGCUCGUCUUUGGGUGUCCUCCGCUGAAGCAUCCAAUGAUGGACAAGCUGUGAAAGUAGGUUGGCGUUACGAAGGCACUGGGUGGAAAACAGACAAGCUUCAAGCCAAAGUUUGGUCAAAAACUAUCUCAAGAACUCUUACAUUUUCUACAUUAGAACCAACUUUCACCAUAGAUGAAUUGAAACCAGGAAUGCAAUAUUCCUUAACCUUAAAACCAGCUCCAAACAUUAGAACUGAAGAAUACAUUCAUAAAUUUAUCAUAAGUAAGAUUAAUGGUGCAACACAAGAAAAGCAAUUUGACUUCUCAGAAGAAUCAGGAAGAUUUGGAGCAUUCUUAACUCCACUCUCAGUGUCAGUGUUCGUCAUCUGGUCUGGAACUUUAAAAAUCGCGUGGGAAUCAGCCAAAGCUUACUCAGUUUCAGGAGAUGUGAAAGAUGCUUCAAAAUAUUCUAUUUCGCAUCGUUCUUCUUCUGCAGAUUCCGAAGAAAGGGAGGUGACAGUGGAUGAUGGUUUAGAAUUUUUGUUAACGCCAUUAGAAAUGGAGAUUACAUACACCUUUGAACUAAAGUGUCAUUUUAUGGAUACUUUUUAUCCUUGCGGCAGCGCAAGUGUGAAAACAGAUCCGCCGAAGCAUCUCAUCCGUCAACCGUCGGGUUCCUAUAUAAUUUAUGAAGCCAUCCUCGAUUCAAAAAAAGAUUGGUCAGAGGCCGAAGAAGAUUGUCAGAGAAGGUCAGGGCACUUAGCAAGUCUCAUGACAGAUGCAGAGGGCAAAACGUUGCUUCAAAUGUUGCCUGAUAAGAAUAUUAAAGUAUGGACUGGUGCUAAAUUAGGAAAGAAAGGUAACCAAUUGAAAACUUCAAGCAAAUAA